AUGACACCGGGCCAGCACUGUGGCGGGCAGUGCAGCGCUGGGCCGGUGUCGCGGCAGCGGACUGGGCCAGUGGCACAGUUGGUGGUGCGGCAGCAGACGGGGCCAGCGCGGCAGCAGACCGGGCUGGCGGCACAGCAGCAGACCAGUUGGCGAUGUGUCGGUGGACCGGGCCGGCAGCAAACUGGGCUGCCGGUGCAGCGGCGGAUGUGGCCAGCGGCGUGGCAGCAGGCUGGGCUGGCAGUGUGGCAGACCCUGGAGGACCUCAGCCACACAGGGAGCCUUGGUGGAGCGACCUGGGGGACGCAUCAUCCGCUGCUGGCAGAAGGUGCCAAGAAACAAGGAACCCGUGUCAUAGGAUACCUUCAGGACUACAAUACUCUUAUGAAACAGAUUUUCGAUGGCAAGACUCUGAUCCACCAGAUGGCCUCAAUCCUGCAGCCUGGUCUGAAACUACAGGACAACACAGUAACUGGGAAGAUUUUCUGCCAAGAAAACAUCAGGAAAUUGCUUGUCCAUACUAGUUCUUUGCACCAGAUCCUGGAGAAGUCCACUUCCCUCCUUGCAAUGUUUUGGAGAGCAUCACCUCCCAUGCCUCGCAUUUCAGCCCCAGAGCAGUCAGUAGCUGAAGAAAUCCAAAUACUCAGAGCCAAGUUGGCUGAGCAAGAGAACUGUGUGCAGAGUGCUAACCGUAUUCAAGGAAGUAUGGAGAACUUCAUUCUCACUCACUUGACUGGGACAUACAAUGUGCUGAAGAAAGCAAGGAUUAACCUGGAGGGCAUGUCCCAGCAGCCUAAACUCAUUUCUUCCACUGGCCAUUGAAGAAAUGGAUCCAUCCACAUGGCCAGAAGCAAAAGACGGAGAAAGAAAAAUAGAUCCAGCGUUAACUCCUAAUCCAUCUGAGCAGCAGAAUGAGCCUGCUUAAGACUGCCAAAUCACCAUUGCACAGGAGGUCAUGGAUUCUGGAAUUCAUCCCAGAACCUCACCACCACCUUGGCUACCAGCUCUGGCUAGUGUAGUGUAAAUGGCACACAAGUUUUUCAACAUAUGCUCUGCUGCUGGACUCUGUGGGAAAUUUACUUGGAAAUGCUCCAGACAUCAGUGCAAUAUGAUAACUAGACUAACGCUAUGUAUAUGGUGUGUACAAAUACGCACACAGACUAGACCACAGCCACACAUGCUGCUGUCGGAGAGAAGGGUGCUCUAAGAAGGGCACCCUCAGAGAGUGGGCUCCACAGGUGCCCUAGUCUUACCAUCUGAUUCUUUGGAGUAUGUUUAUGCUGUUAAGAUUAGCAAAUGGAUAUAUCUGCUAUGAUGACGAUAAUGAUUUCUACCUUCCUUCAAAGGACUAUGACCUCAAUAUAUUCUUGGCAAGUGUAAUCUUGUUGGUCUGACAAUUAGGUGCAUUUAGCCACCGAGUCAUCUUUUUUCUCUGGUUAUCUGAAUUCCUACCACCGUAAAAAAAACAA